AUGUCGACGAUAAGCGGGAAAAGCGGCGAGAAGCAAAGGGGAUCGAAGAGGAUCGAGCGGACGUUGGAGGUGGAAGAGGAGUUUGAUUUGGUCAAGCUGGGCUUUGUGAGCCAGCCAGACGUCGCUGAGGCGGUGAAGGAGGAGACGAGCUCUGCAGUGGCGUCAGCUGUCCAGCUGAUCGAUACGAGUUCGCCACAGGUUGAUGGGGACAGAAAGAGCGAUGAAGUGCAAGAGCUCAUGCGGGAGACUGAGGGGGCAAAGAAGAAACCUAGCGAUGGAGAGUCAUCAGCUGUCCUGUCAAUCGACGCCUCAGCUCCGGUCGAUGAGGACGGAAAAGGCGACGACGCGCUUGGAGACGAGGUCAAGGGAGAAGUUUCUGAAAGGGCCAAGGAGGACUCAAGCUACUCAGAGUCAUCAACGGUUUUGCCGACCGAUAGAUCAGCGCCAGUCGUUGAGGAUGGGAAAAGAAACGACGCGCUUGAAGGCAAGGUCAAGCGAGGGAGGAAGUCGAACAGGCGGAAGAAGGGGUACGCAUCGGCGGAUUGGUCGCCUUCGGGGAAGGGGGCAUCAAACGAGAAGGGGGAGAAUCCGCUUCCUUUGACCACCGGCGGGGAGUCGGCCGAGUCGGAACCCGCCAUUGCCCCUGUCAUCGCGCACGAUUUUGCGCCUCAUCCCAUAUCCUCACCGGCCAAAGUCAAUCCCACUCCCCUGCCUCACCUCGAACCGCAGGAUGGGAACGAAUCGGCGCACUCCACCCCUUCCCUCGCCUCCGGUAUUCUCACUUCCACCGAAACCACUACGGCGACCCCCUCCCUCGGUCCGCGGAAGCCCCGCGACUUUACCGCGCGCAUCGUCACUAUCCGCCGUCCCGGUCGGCGCGGCGCCAGACAAGGGGUCCGAAUCACUCGCCGGCCCAUUCCCGUCGAUACGGACGUAUCGCGCGCCGAGACACCCCCGCUCGAACCCCUUCCUCGUUCUCAAUUCCUGGAAGACGUCGUCGAAAUGCACGGUCGCGAGAUGUACGACAAGCUCAAGCUCGCAUCCAAGCUACACAAUACCAGCGGCCACCUCCUACCUCCUGUUAUACGGGAUCUUCUUCCUACCCUCUCGGACCGCAAACAAGGCGUCCAACUCAUCAAUGAGGUCCGCGCCAACUUUGACCUCCCGCAGCUCUCGACGCGGAUGGACCGGGUCUUGCUGCAGAAAGCACUGGCGCAGAUGCGUGAGCGACUCUAUCUCGAGCUCGCGAGCGCAUUCAUCCUCCCCCACGCGCCGCCAGAGCUACCGCCCCCGGAGGAAACGGUGGAGCCGGAGGACAAGGUGUCCAUGUCGAUGACGCCCUCGUCGUUUGAGACGCUGUCGAGAACGCUGCCGAAGGUGUUCCAUAUGGACAAGGCGGGAAUUCAAGCGGCGCUGGCGAGUAAGGAGGGGAUGUAUGGGGAGGAAGGGGAUGUCGUGUGGCAGGGGGGCGUAGGCGCGAUGAAGCGGCGUCUGAAGGAUGGGGAGCUCCAACAUCCUCCAUGGACUCAUGCACUAUCUAUACUCCUCCCCUCUCCCCCUUCCCCCCGACAUCAACGCAUCCUCUCCCUCCCCUGCCUCUCCCUCCUUCUCCGCCGAGGUCGACCUACGCGCUCAUCCCACCUCGUCGCCUCUUCGCCUAUCCACCAAGACUUUGACCCCCUCGUGCGCCUGCACUGGGAGGUCUCGGUCCUGAAGCGCGUCGAGAUAUACGAGUCGGAAGUCGCCGAUGCGUCAUCGACCAAGCUCGUGCCCAAGGCUGUUCCGCGCGCCGUAGCGGGUGCGCUGGGCGGAGGGGGCGGAGCAGGAACGCGGCGAUACAAGGAGCAGGGGGUGGAUGAGAUCUUGACGCUCAAGAUGCUCCAGACGAUCAAUCGGGUCGAGGCGGUCAAGGGGAGUACGAUGGUGCUAGCGACGGGAGACGCGAGGGGCGGGCAGUUCAACCAGGAGGGGUUUCUGGGGGCGGUGAGGGAGGCGGUGGGGCGGGGGUGGAACGUCGAGUUGUGGUCGUUUAGCUCUGGGCUGUCCAGAGCUUGGAGGGAGACGGCAAAGAGGGAGAAAUGGGAUGGGAGGUUUAGGAUCUUUACGAUGGAUGAGUGGGCCGGGGAGCUGGUCGAGGUGAAUGAGGAUGCAGAAUGA